CCUUAGCAGCGUGAGAGUUGAAGAGUGAGGGUUCCCUUCGUCCCUGCUGCGGUUCUAGCAGCUUGUGGGUUGGAACUUUCACGCUCGCGGGAUUCGAAACGUCACAAUGGCUCAGAACGUUCAGAGUGUUACAUUGUCUCUCACGCUGCCCAUCACUUGCCACAUUUGCUUGGGAAAGGUCCGUCAUCCUGUCAUCUGUGCCAAUAACCAUGUCUUCUGCUCCAUUUGUAUUGACGUAUGGCUGAAGAACAAUAGCCAGUGUCCUGCUUGUAGGAUCCCCAUCACCCCUGACAAUCCUUGCAAAGAGGUCCUAGGAGGAACGAGCGAAAGCAAUCCCGUGUUUAGCCCUGCCAUCCGAAAACAGCUUCGCAAAACCAGACUUGAGAUACUGCACAAAGAAUAUGAGGAUGAGAUAGAAUCACUACAGAAAGAGUUGGAAGCUCUGAAAGGAGAAAACCUCAGCCUGGAGUCCCAGCUCAAAACUGUCCUGCAUCCUGAGACCUUGCAGGUGCCAGAGAGAACCCAGGAGAGUCCACUGCCCUCAGACAACGAGCACAAAGUGGAUGCUGAGACUUUGGCAGCGUGGACCCAGAAGCUUCAGGCUGCAAAUGAUAUGUAUGAGAAAGUAAAGGAUGACAUGGAAAAAUUAAUGGAGGUGAAUAAGAAACUCAGGCUUGAAAAUGGUAGCCUUGUGAGAGAGAACUUGCAGCUAAAGGCUGAGGUUGGAAGCAGGUCGCCCCAGAGGUUAGGAAGGUUUACUGUGGCAGCCCUUCAGACCAAGCUGGAGCAAUGUGAGCAUGAAACAAACCGUCUUAAGAAGGCAUUGGAAAGAAGUGAUGCAUAUAUAGAGGACCUGGAGUCACAAAUUGCACAGAUGAAACGGGAAUGGGACCAGAGAAAAACCACAAGCCCAGAAAAUGUAACUGCUGUCUCCAUGGAGGAUAAAGACUGUGAAAGUCCCCCCAGCACGGCUGUCCAAAGCCCCAAAGAGCCCGUAGAUCCAGCCUGUUUAUGCGCUAGUCAUACCCCUGGUGAACUUGAGCAGCCAGAAGGACUCUUAGGGAGCAGCAAUGAUGUCUGCUUAAAUUCAGCUAGCCAGGCUUGUUCAGAUGACUCUGUUGCCCCAGGUUCUGCUGGGAGAGAUGUUUUUAGAAGCUCUCAAGAGGGUCUUUUGGAGAUCAGCAGCUCUGACAUGGAUACCUGUUCAGAGCCAGCAUGGGAUAAAAUUGAGGACUGUGCACCCUAUAAAGAAGAACUUUAUGACCUUCCAGAUCCAUGUACCCCAUUGUCUCUUAGUUGCUUGCAGUUAAACACUCCCACUAAUAAGGAUGAUCCUGCUGUGAAAGAGGAAAGCCCGAGUGAGCCGUCGGCCUUCCUAAGGAAAUUGGAAUUUGAGGAUUUUGAGGAGGCAUCAGAUGACUGUAACAAAGAUUCUCCAGAGCACAGUGUAAGCAGCUGUGAGAGUGGUGAAAAUAAGGAAGCGUGUUUCUCUUCAGACAAACAAGACUUUUGGAAUAGGUGCCAGCCACAUUUUGGUGAGAACUUGGACUUUGAAGGCCUAGAGCCCAAUACAGCCACAAGUGACUCUGCAGAGUCGUUACCAAAAUCAAGUGAAAAAAGCCAUAUUCCAGGCGUGCUGAAAAAACUGCAUUCUGUUCGCUCUUCAGAGAUGAAUCGCACCAGGACGUCCAGUGAGGCGUCUAUGGAUGCUGCUUACCUCGAUAAGAUUUCCGAACUGGAUUCCAUGAUGUCAGAGUCAGACAACAGCAAGAGCCCUUAUUACACUUCCAGGUCCUCUUCUGACUUGGAUAAUUCUUGCAAGUCCACCCAGUGCCCUGAUCACUUAAGUGAAAACGGCAAGGGUGAAAAGGAAAGGAAAGAGCAGCGCCCUCUGAAAAGUCCUCUCGCCAGAGAUCGUUCAGAAGAAGGAAACGAGUGGAAAUUUGCGACUUUCUCAAUCCUUUCUCCAUCUGCACUAGAUAUAACUGAGCCUUUCCCACUGUUUGCGGGCCGGACUUCUGAAGCAAGCGAAAUAAAGCCUCAGAGCUUCUUAUUCCAAAGAGAGCUUUCCCCGAGCUUUCUCUUCAGCAGCUCUCAGGGGUCUUUUGACGAGCAUAAACUUGGGCCCUCUCUCUUUAAGGUGGCUCCUGAGCUGCAAAACCUCCAUAACCAACUCCAGUCUCCUUGGUCGUCGCCUUUCAUACCUGACAGAAAAGCCAAAAGCAUUCAUUCAUCUGCAAAAAGGAAAAUUCAGAGCAGCCUGUCUAGUGCAAGUCCAUCAAAAACAACCAAGAACUGAUUUGUUAUGUCUUUUUUGUUGUUGUUGUUCGUUUUUUUUAAAGCAAAAUAUAUAUUUAGUGCCAAUGUGGAAAAUGUUCAGGUUCUCACCCCCCACUUUCUGUCUGCAGGAUAUUCUUCAUGAAGCCUCCUUUGAUCUCAGUCUGUCCGUUAGUUUAAAUGCUGAGUGAUGGAGCUUGAAUAUUCUCUCUCUGUGUCUCGACUGUAGCGCUAGUUGCCAACGAAAAGCUCUUCAGAACACUCAUCACUUGAUGUCUUCAAGUUUUGAUAUCUUGGGUUAUUUUUAAGGUUUAGGUUAUAUGAAGUCCACUGCUCUUUAUACGUCCAGUUACUGAGUGUGACAGAUCUUUAAAAUGGUUUAGCGUUGAAACCAGUCUUUCUGUAGGUAAGGCACCUGCGGGGCAGCUAUUUAGCGGCUUUGCUUAGGGAAGACUGAUGACAACUGUGGCCUAGCCUGGCUUCUUUCAAAACCUGGCACUCAGAAUAAAAUGUUUGCCUGUUCCUAGCUGCAUGAGACAGUCUCUCUCUGUGCUGAAUUUAUAGCUUUUAAUGUGUAGCUGUUAACAUCUUUCUUUGACAAGUCUUUAGUUGGAGGAAUGUCAUUUUGCUUCAGUUGGAGAAUCCAGGUUUUUUUUAAAAGGAAAUUUGGUUAAACAUUGCUUUUAAUUUUCUCUCCCCCUGCCCCCCCCCACACACACACACCACUUCCCCGGUGAUCCAUUGUUGUGCAAGAGUAUGUGAUUUGUGUCUGUGUAGUUCAUAAAAAUGGGUUGGUAUGCUAAUGGCUUGUUUACUGAAUGUGCAUUUUACAUGAAUACUGUACUGUUUUACAUUAAUACUGCAUGAUUUUCUAUGUGGAGUGAAUAAAAAAAAAAAAAUCACAAGCACCCUAACCA